CCACAAUCACCACCACCACCAAAACAACAACAAUGCAGCUCACGACGAUCCUCCCCGCCCUGGCCCUCGCCCUCACCGCGACCGCCGCCCCCGCCGGCAGCUGCCCCGGCCCGGCGCCCGCGCCCGUCGAGGACAACCUCAAGCUCUUCGGCCUGGUGGCCAUCCGCUCGGGCUCGCCGAUCCAGUACGCGUCGGUGACGGCGCAGGGCAGCAACAUCUGGCUCAACCAGGCCGUGACGGCCGACUGCGACUCGGACGCCGCGAACCAGGGCACCGUCUUCGCGCUCAAGGAGGACACCAAGGAGCUGUUCCUGUACGGCCAGGAGGGCGCGCGCGAGAAGCAAAUCCUCUUCACCGACCGCAGCGGCAUGGGCCGCGGCGUCCUGCAGUACGGCAACGCGCCCAUCAGCGGCGGCCGCCUCGAGACCCAGGGCUGGGCCGUCAAUGGCACGCACCUGGAGUUUGCGGGCCAGGACUCGUGGAUCGCCUGCCCGUACAAGGACGGCACGUACGUCGUCUCGCUGGGCCUGAUUGACGGCUCGCGCACCGACUGCCUCGGCUUCGCUGCUAGGCCUGUCGAGCUGGAUAGCGCUGUUGGCUGUGUUUAUAACUAGGUGGAAGAGGUUGGAUGGGUGUUGGGGGAGUUGAGGAAAUGCGCUAUGAUGGUGUUGGAGGGCUUAAUGUAAUGCGAUGCGUGUAACCAAUCAAUCAAUCAAAAAUAUAUAUAUAUAUAUAUAUAUAUAAUUAAUUAAUUUAAAUAUGUUGUACUCCCUC